AUUGAAACAUCCCUGUUACCAAGACAACACGGCGCACAGCAAACUAAACUACAGGGUUUCGCUAACCGCGAGGAGCAAAGCAGGAUUUUACUUGAUUUAUACGAAAAAUAACUGUUUUGAUACUAACACUGCCGUGACGUUUACCGCAGUUAUGACUUCGAUGAGUCAGCGGCGUAACAUGACACAGAGUCAACAGCAAAGGAUGAUCCUAGAGAAUCGGCGGCAGGAACUGAACUACGAGGAUCGGGUCAAACACAUCAACCAGGAGAGGCAUUUGCGAGCACACGUUCAAAGUGAGGACCGACAGGAGAAGAAGAGAUAUAUGCGAAAAAUGCAAGAGGAACAACACGAGAAACACAUAGAAGAUUCCCUGAUUCAGGCAGAAAGGGAAAAAACUAUGAGAAAGAAGCAGCUUGAACAAGAGGAGAGAAUGGCUGAAGAACUGGCUCGCAUCAAUUAUGAGAAGACUAAGGAUGAAAAACUGAGACAACAAAUUAAAGAGAACAGCCUUGAGCUCCGUGAGUUGGAAUUGAAGUUGAAGGCAGCAUACCUGAACAGGGCGAGGGCGGCUCAGAUUGCUGAAAAGGAGGCCUUGAAAUGUGAGGCAAUGAAGGUGGAGGCAGAUUUGUAUAGAGAGCAGCAGAAAGACAGAGAGCGAGUCUUGGCGGAGCAGGAGAAGGUGGAUCAGAAGCGCUACGAGGAGAUGGUGCGCUACAACUGGGAGCUCAAUCAGCAGCUGGCAGAGAAGGAGAGAGAGAGGAUGGAGGCGUACAAGGAGUUCCUCAAGGAGAAGCUCAUGAUCGACGAAAUUGUCCGAAAGAUAUAUGAGGAAGACCAGAAGGAGCAGCAGCUGAGACUGGAGAAGGUAACAGCCACCCAGCGCUACAUUGAGGAGUUCCAGCAGCAGCAAGCCGAGUGGAGACGGAUGGAGAGGGAAAGAAUGGAGGAAGAGAACAGGCGCAUUAUGGAGUACGCCACCUACCAGCAGCAGAGGGAGGAGGACAAAAUGGCCAAAGUCAAAGGACGCGAGGAGGACAAGCAGAUUUUGUAUAAGAUGCUGAGUGAGAAGAUGGAAGCCGAGAGGCAGAAGCGUGAAGAAAUGGAGCGCGUGCGCGAAGAGCUUUCUCUGGAGGAGCAGGCGGAGGCCGUCAGGCAGAAACAAAUCGAGGAAAUGGAGAAGAGAAUCCGGCAGCGGAUGGAGAUGCAGAAGACCCACCAGGAGCAGAUGGCCUUCAAAGAGAUGCGGAAGCAGGCCGAGAAGGAGGAGGAGGAGACCUUCAGGCAGACGAUGAUGGCCAAGUUCGCCGAGGACGACCGCAUCGAGCAGAUGAACGCCCAGAAGAGGCGCAUGAAGCAGCAGGAGCACCGGCGGGAAGUGGAGAAGCUGCUGGCGGACAGGCGGCAGCAGCUUCUGGCUGACAAGGAGCGCGAGGCAGAAGAGAAAGCCCUUGAACAAAAGAGGGAGGCUGUUAAUCGGCAGAUCAUUGAGGAGGAGAGACAGAAGCUUCUUAAACAUCAUGCCACUAAACUACUUGGUUACCUUCCAAAGGGUAUCUUCAGAGAAGGAGAUCUUGACCACUUUGAUGAGGAUUUUAAAAGAAAUUUCCAGAGACGGGAACCAGAAGAAUUUCCUGAAGAUGACUGGGGAGAUGUAUGAAGAGUUGUUGUGUUUUUGUUUUACCACUAGAUGGCAGUCUUGUCCAAGUCCACAUAUUGUUCUUUACUAUUCAUAGCACGUUUUUUUCUGGAUUGUUUUGUUUAUGGGAAUAUAGUAGAACUAAGAAGAGAGAGUAUAUCCGCACACUGUUUUUUCUGCUCACAAAGUGAUUUAAUGGUACAACGUUUCGACCUCAAAGGUCUUCGUCAGGGAUGUACUCUCUCUUCUUACUAUUUUUUUAUCCUGCACCUGUUGGAAUAUUUCGGAUGUGCGUGCAUUCCCUCGGACUGCAAAUAUAGUAGAACUGACAGUGCAAUCACGCUAAAGGUAGAAUAUUCACAUUUAAAUGUAUAGAGUGAUACAAAUUUUCAUCUCCUGAGUACUACAUUCUUCACUGGUAUGGGACAAAUUUGAUAGUCUGCUAGUUGCACCAUUCUGAAAGUGCCUGCUGUUAAAGCCAUGUUUCUAGUUGCAUAGUCUCACACUGAGAAUAAAGAUAAUAGAAUAAAAUAUUUUUUAACGUUAAAA